ACAAAGUGCCCUAGUUACCCACAAACAAGAAUCUGUUUGGAGCGGACAGAUUUCGGCUACAUAUCUCCGUGUCAAACAGUGGUGCUGAAGUCUUUUCUUACAGUUUUUUAUUUCGCUUCGUCAGUCAACGUGAUUUAAGGAUUAUUCAAACUUUACUGCAAAUUUGUCAUUGGUAUUUCCUAUUUAAAGGACCCAGACAUGGCAGAAAAUACUGAACAAAACGAGGCAAAGCACGACAACUCAUCGUCUCCAGGAAUGACAGACCAAGAGAAAGAAAUGGCAGCCAGUGCAUAUGAAGCGUUCUCGGCUGGGAAGUAUGACGAGUCUCUCAAACACCUUGAGACCCUACAAGAGCUCAACAAAGAGGACUACAAGAUUGCAAUGAAUAAAGCCAUUGCUGAAUUUUACAAAAGUGGUCAAACUACCACAGGGACCUUGAAGCACACCCUAAUGGCGAUGAAAAACCAGGUUCACACAUCAGUGGAGGACAUUGAUGGUUUGGAUGAUGUUGAAAAUAGUUUGCUGUACUACAAUCAAGCAAUCAUUCACUAUCAUAUGCGGCAGUACUCUGAGGCGAUCUCAAUAGGAGAGAAACUCUACCAGUUUCUUGAACCGUUUGAAGAAAAGUUCGCUCAGGCGGUGUGCUUCCUGCUGGUGGACCUCUACCUGCUCACCUUCCAGCCAGAGAAGGCCCUCCAUCUCCUCGCUGUGCUGGACAAACUCUCAGUACAAGGAAACAACAAGAAUGGGAAAGGAGAGAACAACAAUUCAAACAAAGAUGGGGCAAACCAGAAAGCAGAGCUCAUGGCCAUGAUUGAGGCAGCCAAAUCAAAGAUGCACCAGUACAAAGUGAGAGCCUACAUUCAGAUGAAAUCAUCCAAGGCAUGUAAAAGGGAGAUCAAAUCAGUGAUGAACACAGCAGGGAAUUCUGCACCUUCACUCUUCCUUAAGAGCAACUUUGAGUACCUGAGAGGAAACUACCGGAAAGCAGUGAAGCUGCUUAACAGCUCUAACAUUGCAGAGCACCCGGGGGCUCUAAAGACAGGUGAAUGUGUGCGAUGUAUGUUCUGGAACAAUCUGGGCUGCAUACACUUUGCAAUGGGGAAACAUAAUCUAGGCAUUUUCUACUUCAAGAAGGCCCUGCAAGAAAAUGACCACACGUGUGCACAGCUGGGAGACGGCAGCAAUGGGCAAUCUAAGAAGUUUGCAGGUAUCCCCAUGUGUGCCCUGCUAGCUAACAAGCGCUAUGAGCUGCUAUAUAACUGUGGAAUUCAGCUGCUGCACAUUGGCAGGCCUCUGGCAGCCUUCGAGUGUCUGAUGGAGGCAGUGCAAGUUUACCACUCCAAUCCUCGGCUGUGGUUACGGCUGGCAGAAUGCUGCAUAGCUGCAAACAAAGGGGGCUCGGAGCAGGAGAGUAAAGGUUUACCUUGUAAAAAGGGCAUAGUUCAGUCUGUUGUGGGUCAGGGUUACCAUCGCAAGAUUGUCUUGGCAUCACAGUCGACCCAGAACACUAUUUACAGUGAAGGCCAGUCAGCAGCUAUCCCAGUAGCCAGUAUGGAGUUUGCAGCGAUCUGCUUGAGGAAUGCUCUGCUCCUCCUUCCUGAACACCAGCAGCAGGAGACCAAGGCCGAGAACGGCUCCAAGAGCUCCAGCCAAUCAGGAAGCACAGAGAGCGGCAGCGAAAACAGCGAUGCCUGCAGUGGGAAGGGUCAGGAGGCAGAUAAGUUCCUGUCUGCAGCCCCAUCGUCUCCUCUUAGAAAACAAGAGGUAGAGAACCUCAGGUGCUCCAUCUUGGCCUGUAGUGCCUAUGUGGCAUUGGCAUUGGGAGACAACCUCAUGGCUCUAAACCAUGCAGAGAAACUCCUCCAUCAAACCAAGGUCUCUGGAUCCCUCAAGUUCCUGGGUCACCUUUAUGCUGCAGAGGCGCUCAUCUCUCUGGACAGGAUCUCUGACGCAAUUGCUCAUCUCAAUCCUGAGAAUGUCACUGACGUUUCACUGGGGGUGUUGACCAGCGAGCAGGACCAAGGAUCAGACAAAGGGGAUGAGCCUGUCGAGUCCUGGAAGCAGACCCCCCUGUGUUACCCCAGCAGUGUAACGUCAGCUCGGGCUAUGAUGCUGUUCAACCUGGGCAGCGCCUACUGCUUGAGAAGCGAGUAUGAGAAGGCCCGCAAAUGCCUGCAUCAGGCUGCAUCUAUGGUGAACACGAAGGAAAUUCCUCCUGAAGCCAUUCUGCUUGGAGUCUAUUUAGAACUGCAGAAUGGAAACACACAGCUGGCCCUGCAGAUCAUCAAACGGAACCAGCUCCUCCCCACAUCGGUCCAGACGGCUUCGCCUGACUCGCGGAAGAAACCCGUCCAGUCCUUCCAGUCUGUGCAGCCCAUCCAGCCCAUCCAGAUGCCCUCAUCUUUCACACAAGUGCAGCGCAAAUGAGCCUCUAAACCCUUAACACCCCCCCACCCGCUAUCCACAACAAACAACACACACACACACACACACACACACCCCUGUGGACCCACCAUGUUAUUUAUAAUGCUGCUUCACUGCAGCAUCGACAGCCAUAUGAAAUGCAGAGAUCUGGUGUGGAGAGAGAGGAUGAUGAUUGUCACGCUGACUCCUCGCACCGCAGAACAGUCUGAGGAGACAAAAGGUUUUCACCACCAGCAAUGUCCAUCGACUGAGCAGAACUGGGAUCACUCUGCUCUGAGUUUUUACCUUCUAUUUGUUGACCGAGGCAUCUGUCAGUGAUGUGCGUUGUCUGAAUCUGCUCUGUGGGAAGUGACAUAUGGAAAAUAAAUUUUAUUUACAAUAUAAAA